CUCCACGAAGACCGGUCACAACAAGGAAGGAGGAUCUCGGCUAAAAGGAAACCAAAAUGAAAUAAAUGGUAAAGAAAAUAAUGAAAGAAAAAAACAAGAAACUAACGGGGUAAUUUUGGAAUAUUUCAAAAAAAUUGUUGGGUGAAAGAUUUUCUUUCGUGGAAGAAUCUUGGCAAGUUUUUGUGAUAUGACUUGUUUCGUCUCUUUCUUCCACCUGUGAUUCUUAACUACGCGCACGUUCCUCCGGCCAAGGCAAAUCGGAAAAUGGGUGUGGACUAUUACAAACUUCUUCAAGUGGAUCGAAAUGUCAGUGAUGAGGAUCUCAAGAAAGCCUAUCGCAAGCUUGCUAUGAAGUGGCACCCUGAUAAGAACCCUAACAACAAAAGGGAUGCUGAAGCCAAAUUCAAGCAAAUCUCAGAAGCCUAUGAUGUUUUGAGUGAUCCGCAAAAGAGGGGUGUUUAUGAUCAGUAUGGUGAGGAGGGAUUGAAAGGGCAGGUGCCACCCCCAGGUGCUGGUGGAUUUUCCGGUGGCAGUGAUGGCGGACCCACGAUGUUCCGGUUCAACCCAAGAAGUGCUGAUGAUAUUUUCUCGGAGUUUUUUGGAUUUUCAAGUCCCUAUGGAAUGGGGGAUAUGGGUGGCCGUGCCGGUCCAUCUGGCUAUCCCAGAUUUGCGGAUGACCUUUUUGCUUCAUUUAGUAGGAGUGCGGCUGGCGAAGGCCCUGGCAAUGUGCUAAGGAAAAGUGCGCCGAUUGAGAAAACAUUGCAAUGCAGUUUGGAGGAUUUGUACAAAGGGACUACCAAAAAAAUGAAGAUUUCCAGGGAUGUGAUUGAUGCCAGUGGGAGGCCCAUCACUGUAGAGGAAAUUCUAACCAUUGAGAUCAAGCCGGGCUGGAAGAGAGGAACAAAAGUAACUUUUCCCGAGAAAGGAAAUGAACAAAGAGGAGUUAUACCAUCUGAUCUUGUUUUUAUUAUUGAUGAGAAACCUCAUGGUGUCUUCAAAAGGGAUGGCAAUGAUCUUGUUGUCACACAGAAGAUAUCUCUUGUUGAAGCUCUGACUAGUUACACAGGACAGCUGACGACACUUGAUGGGAGGAAUCUUACAGUCUCCACCAACUCCGUCAUUAGUCCGAUAUACGAAGAAGUUAUUAAAGGAGAGGGUAUGCCAAUUCCCAAGGAACCUUCCAAAAAGGGAAACUUGAGGAUCAAGUUCAAUAUCAAGUUCCCCUCUAGACUCACAUCCGAGCAGAAAACUGGCAUUAAACGAUUAUUGACAUCUUAAACUCUGGUGAUGCCUCUCCUUAUCACAUACCGAAUCGUGUAAGAUUGGAAUUAUUUUUUCAAAUGUAAAUUCUUUCCCUUUGCGAGAUGGUUUUCAGUUAGAACAGUCUAUUGGACGUUUGAUAUUUGUUUGCUGUUUCAUAUUUAUGUAGUUUCUGGUCUUGAUGGAAAAAAAAAUUCUCUUAACCACUUGCCUACUUGUUUCUACAAAAAUGUUUUGGAAGAAUUCAAUUGUACACUUGUAGAUUUGGAUCUUUAUUUUUGUCAUCUCUCUUUCGUUGUAUAAAUCCGUUUAAUCAUUUAAGCAAUC